UCCAAGAAGAAACGAAAGGUGGCAGAGAUCUACCAGGCCCUGAGCAGCGACCCCCCCGACGUGGCGGCGCUGCGGCGCAUGGCCAUCAGCGAGGGGGGGCUCCUCACCGACGAGAUCCGCUGCCAGGUCUGGCCCAAGCUGCUCAGCGUCGACACGGACGAGCUGCCCCCUCUGCCAGGUGUGGGAACCAGCAGCUUGGAGGCCUGGGUGGAGCAGAGGCUCCGACAAGUGCUACUGGACGUGCGGCGAUCCCUGCGGCGUUUCCCCCCAGGGAUGCCUGACGACCAGAGGGAAGGUCUGCAGGAGGAGCUCAUCGACAUCAUCCUCCACGUCCUGAAGCGCAACCCCCAGCUGCACUACUACCAGGGCUACCACGACAUCGUGGUCACCUUCCUGCUGGUGGUGGGGGACAGGCUGGCCACCGCCCUGGUGGAGAAGCUCUCCACCCAUCAUCUCAGGGAUUUUAUGGACCCAACGAUGGAUAAUACCAAGCACAUUUUAAAUUACCUGAUGCCCAUCAUAGACCAAGUGAACCCUGAGGUGCACGACUUCAUGCAGAGUGCGGAGGUGGGCACCAUCUUUGCCCUCAGCUGGCUCAUCACCUGGUUCGGGCACGUGCUCUCUGACUUCAGGCACGUCGUGCGAUUAUACGACUUCUUCCUGGCCUGCCACCCGCUGAUGCCCAUUUACUUUGCUGCUGUG